AUGCAACAAAGAAUAUACGGGCAGUGUAGAAGAGGGUUAGCCAUUCUUGACUUUGUCAUGAGGAUUUGUGCGCUUGUGGCGGCUCUGUCAGCGGCCACAACCAUGGGCACCACCGAUCAAACCCUCCCUUUCUUCACUCAGUUCUCCCAAUUCCAAGCCAGCUACGAGACCUCCCGACCUUCACUAGCGAGUGGAUACCUUGUCCUAUCCUUGCCUUUCUCCAUUGUUUGCAUUGUUCGUCCUCAAGCACAAGGAAUUAAGCUCCUCCUCCUCCUCUUUGAUACUGCGCUGGUGGUUCUUACAACGGCAGGGGCGGCGGCGGCGGCCGCCAUCGUGUACUUGGCGCACAACGGGAAUUCGAAGACAAAUUGGUUGUCUAUUUGUCAACAGUUUAACGAUUUUUGCCGGCGGACAAGCGGCGCUGUGGUGGCCGCUUUUAUCGGCGCCGCCAUCUUCGUAUUCUUGGUUCUGCUCUCUGCCCUGGCGCUUGCUAAGCACUGA